AUGGCCAACCGACCUGCGCCCGUAGCCGCUGUCCUGCCCAACCGCAGGACCAGCUCCGGCCCUAGGGAGAGUCCCCGACCCGAAGGAGCCGCUUCCCCUGCCAGCCAACAGCACUCGCAACUACAUCCUCAGCAUGCGCAACAAUCACAACAGCAGCAACAGCAGCAGCAACCUCGCUCCUCGACGGGGGCCGAGGGUUACGAUUCUCCGUCUUCUUCGCAGCAGAGGACAAAGCAGCAGACUAGCAGUCGGAUGAUGAAGACGACGAGGAGGGGCAGGCCUUAUGCCAAGGACACCCAUGACCUCUUUGCAACACUCAUCGUGUCGCUACAGCUGACAUCACAUCGCAUGAUGUUCAAGACCUACCCCAAUUCCUUUACCACUGACGAGGCAGCCGAGAACCUCUCUGCGCUCAAAUUCUCGCAGUCUAAUCGUGCCCCUGAUCCACGGGAGCCGAGCAGGGUGGUGACUACAACCACUACGACUACGUUCAGCAUGAACAGGGACAUGGCAAAGGGAAUUUGCCAGCACUUCAUGGAUGCAAGGCUGAUUGAGAAUGCUGCUGACCCCAGCCAUGGCAUCUUCAAGGAGAAGGGCGUCUACCAAUUGACGCCCAAGGGACUGCAUAUCCUCGAGCGCUUUAUCACCAAGAACGGCAUCAAUGGAGAGCAUCUGCUGACCGUCUUUUCGUCGCAACCGAUUUGCAUGAAGCUCUUGCACCUGGAAAGGAGAGCACAUGAUGAUGAGCUGCUCAUCAACCGUCCCAUCAUCGAAGUCGUAUUCCGAAGAUUUGCAGGCAGGCAAGCCAACUAUCUUCCAGGGACAGGGGGUGACAGCGGGGGUAAAGAUGUGGACCCUGCGUCUUUUGACAGGACUCUGGGCAUUGGCAUGUCGGACAUUGUGGACAAGUCCGCGAAAGGUCCGACAAAGGGACCGGUCAAGAUCAAGCACACCUUCCCGGCCGUGUCAGCUCUGGAUUGGCUGUGCGACUUCUCCACCAUUUGUGGAAGAGACGAAGCUGCCGAGGUCGCAGCGCACUUCCAGCGUCUGGGUCUGAUUGAGCUGGUGAGGGAAUCGUCAAAGAAGGACAUGGACGAGGACUCCACGAUCAUUGUCAGCGGUGAGGAUGGAAUUGGAAGGGUGAGCCGCGGCGAAUUCAAGUGUCACUACAAGGCCAUCUACGGUAUGACCGAUCGAGGCAGAGGAGUCGCUCGUUGGCCAGGCUACACCUCUCUGCCAGAGAAGACUACUGCAACAGGAGUGGGCUUUGGAGCCCCUCUAGGAAGAGAAACGCCCACUUCGGAAGGUCAGGCUCAGCUUCAGCAGCAAUCCCGUCCCUACGUACAGGACCCUCAGCAGGACGAAACGGAGAGCAUCGAUUCUGGCAAUGGGGAAAGCAACCGCGGGGGAAGCCGCACGCGGUACAGCUCUCGAGCGUCCAGCGCUCAAGACGUUCCCGGGAUCCCUGAUCGCAGGGGCGGCGUUCAUCACUCCAGCCGGCGCUCCACCGAGAGUGGCAGUGUGGGAUCAUUAGCCAGUGGAGGAGGAGUACCGGAGCUGGAAGGGAGGAUGUCAGCGGCGGAGAGGCUGCGCAACGAGUAUCUCACGCGCGACUCUUCGAGCGGAUCUGGUGCGCAUCACGAGGGUGAUGGAGGCGCAAUGUCCGCCCAUUAUGCUCGGGAUAGCAACAGCAAUCGGCUGAGACAGGUGCUGGAAGAACCCGCACUGAGGAGUCUUUUCAGGGACUUCCUCAAGCAGAACUUCUGCGAGGAAAAUCUGAGCUUCUGGCUUGAUGUGCAAGACUUCAAGAGGAGGUUCCACACCACGUCCAGCGCUGUAGCUGUUCGGCCUGGAGGUUCGAGUGGAGGUGGUGGAUCAAGCAGCGGGGACAAGUCUUCUGGCGGCAAGCGCGGCUUGUUUGGACGAUCAGGUGGCAGUGACAAGAGCAAAGAGCAGCAAGGUCAGGGCUUCACUGCCAUGGAGAAGCACCAGCAAGACCUCAUCGCCAUGGCCUUUGUCAUCUACAAUACCUACCUGGCUCCGGCUUCCCCUUGCGAGCUCAACAUCGAGCACAGCCUGCGGACGGAACUGGUGACCUACAUGAACAAGGUGUUGUACGAUGCAAAGACGUCCAGUGGAGGAGAUGGAGUGACGACUGUGCGCGCUCAAGACAUCAAUUCACCAAAUGCAAAUGGCAUCAGCGGAAGCGCAAGUCAUGUAGCUGGGCUCAGCUCGUCAAGAGGUGCUACCAGUGGUUCGGCCUCGGGAGAUACAACGAACCCAGGCGCGGUGGCCGUUCCCUUUGCAAUGUCAUCCCCGGGUGAAGGUCUACCUCAGAGCACUUCUACCUCGGUGGACGAGCGCAAAUCGACUGUUUCUGCCACGCUGCCUCGAGCUCCCCUGCACGCUUCUCAGCUGCAGACAAUUGUACGCCUCUACGAGCGUAUCCAGGAUCACACUUUCCGUCUCAUGGCGACGGACAGUGUUCCCCGCUUCAUCCGCGAUGCUCGCUUCCUCGGCUUGGUCAGGAGUGUAGAGGAGUACACCGAGGCAUUGGAGAGUGGGCGACUGGACCCUAAUGAUGUUAGUGGGCCGGUGAUUUCGCGAGCGGUAGUCGAUGCAAUGGACUUGCCUGGGUCGGGGGGAGCGUAUGGCAGUGCUGGAGGGCAACCAAUGGCCAUCUGA